AUGGAGAAAAUACCAACGUUCCCAAUUAUCUGGAAGGGUGACGAUCCCUCUUCCCCAUACGAAGAGGCCCGCGUAGGCAGAAUUUUCAAUCAACGUCGACCCAGCAGGUAUCCGCUGGCUGUUGUCCAAGCCCGCGAGCCGGCGCACGUCGCCGAGGCUGUCAAACUCGCGAUCGAUCGAAAAUCCCGCGUCUCCGUCCGCUCCGGCGGCCAUAGCUGGUCGGUGUCGAGCAUCCGGGACAAUGCAAUCCUCGUGGAUCUGGGAGACUAUCACGAAAUGACCCUGGACGAAACGACGGGUGUUGUGCAGGUGUCGCCUUCGACGACUUCAGCCGAAUUGAAUACUUUCUUGCACCCGAGGGGUCGCAUGUUCGCCGGAGGGCAUUGUCCUGACGUCGCGGUGGGUGGGUUCUUGCUGCUUGGUGGCGUGGGAUGGAAUGCUCGGAAUUGGGGCUGGGCUUGCGAACAAGUUGUUGCUCUGGAUGUUGUCACAGCCGAUGGUCGCAUGCUGCGGGCCGAUGUGCAAGAAAACACAGAACUCUACUGGGCUGCUCGAGGAUGUGGCCCUGGUUUUCCGGGCGUCAUCACAAGAUUUCAUCUUCAAACGCGGCCGUUGAAAAAGGUGAUGCGAUCGUCGCUGUAUGCGUACCCGACUGCAAAGUAUCGUUGCGCGUUUGAAUGGGUUCUCAAGCUCACGCCGACAUUUGACAAAGAGACGGAAAUCGUCAUGAUCUCCACAUACCCUCCUGGCGUGGACGAACAGCAUAUCAUGGUCAUGUUCAUUACAUUCCAAGACAGCGAAGACUCGGCCCAGCAGGCACUCCGACCAGCCGAAGACUCGUUCCCCGACGAGCCGGUGCUCCACUGGUUCUGCCAGGAGACCGACCUGGAGAAGGAGUACGCGGGCCAGGCGCACGCCAACCCCGCUGGACAUCGCUACCACUGUGAGAAUGCCUUCCUCCGCGACGGCGAAGAUGUCGUCUCGGUCCUCGAGAAAGCCAUGACCACGUCGCCGUCCAAGGAAACAUACACAUUUUGGUAUCCAUUUUACCCAUGGAGUAAACGGCCUCUUCCGGACAUGGCGCUGAGUCUCCAGGCGGAUAACUAUAUCGCGAUGUACACAAUCUGCAAGGAUGAGGCCAACGAUGAGAAUUGUCAGGCCUGGACGAGGGAUAUCAUGGAUGAGAUGAAGAAGUACUCGGUCGGGUCUUACCUUGGAGACAUGGAUCUCCAGAUCAGAACGACGAAGUUCUGGAGCGAUGACCACGCCGCCAGGCUGAUGGAUAUUCGACGGAGAUGGGAUCCGAAUGGUGUGAUUUGUGGCUAUCUCGAUGCCGGAGAUCGAUCUGGCGUGGCGGGUCUUGAUAAUGGAUUGGAUGGUAAGGCUCAAGUGUCACUUUAG